AACAGGUCAAAGGAUGUUCUCAAAUUCAUCAACAACAACCAACAAUGGCAAUUUCCAUGACUCAUCUUUUUGUUACCAUCAUGCUUCUAGCCGCCCACACGGCCCUCGCAGAAACAAACAUGCUUCAAGAUUUGUGUGUUGCUGAUCUCAAGGGUUCAAAAGUCAACGGAUACCCAUGCAAAGACCCAUCACAAGUAACACCAGAGGACUUCUACUACAUGGGCUUAGCCAAUGCUGCAGACACCAGCAACACCUCAAUGGGCUCAGCCGUCACAGCAGGCAACGUUGAGAAAAUCCCUGGCCUCAACAUGAUGGGUACCUCCAUGUCUCGUAUCGACUACGCACCAGGCGGACUCAACCCGCCGCAUCUUCACCCCCGAGCUUCAGAGGCCAUAUUCGUCCUCGAAGGAAGCCUCUUCGUCGGCUUCUUGACCACCUCUGGAAAACUCAUCUCCAAACACGUCAACAAAGGAGACGUCUUUGCAUUCCCCAGAGCUCUCCUCCAUUUCCAGCAGAACCCUAACAAAACUCCUGCCUCGGUGAUCGCUGCUUUCGAUAGUCAGAACCCUGGGACGCAAAGUGUUGGACCGUCUCUGUUUGGCGCUAACCCUCCCAUUCCUGAUGACUUGCUUGCCAAGGCGUUCUCGCUUGGAACAAAUGAUAUUCAGAAUAUUAAGGGAAAGUUCCAACCCAAGAAAUGAACAUAGGUUUCAGACCAUACACAUUAAUACAAAUAAUGAACAUAAAAUCUGCAAAUUACUAAGCAAAAGCAAAGAAAACUUGUACAUUUUAUUUUAUUUUAA